AUGGGUCCCUGUACCGCCUCCCAUUGCUCCACUCUGCCAUGUGUCCACUUUCAGGCCUCCCAUAGGUGCUGCCAGGCCCCAAAUCUGCCAUGGGCCCCCGUACCCGCCUCGUCACGCUGCUGCUGGGUCCACAGUGUGACAUGGGUCCCUGUACCGCCUCCCAUUGCUCCCACUCUGCCAUGUGCCACUUUGAGGUCUCCUCACACUCCUGCUGGUUUCCAUUUUGUCAUAGGUUGCUGUAUGGCCUCCCAUUGCUGCUGCCUCCACCGCCACACUGUGGCUCCAAACACUGGUUUUGGCCCCGUGACUGGCCAAAUGAGUGAAGUGUGCGGUGAUUCUAAGAUCGACGGCACUCAUCUGCAUGUCAUACUGACUGACAGUAUUAUUUCUCUUCCCCAGCAGACUCCAAGGGCAUUUAAAUUAAAGGUACAGUGUUCUGCACUAAUAUUA